AUGGCCUUCGAGGAUGCAUACAACCUAGGCCGCGACGAAUUCCUUCAGGCAACCGUUCCUCUUACUUCGAGUAGUACUCGCUCUCUUGACCUUCCAAGUCGCCACGGGGAAUCUCUCAAGCGUACCUCUACCAAAGCACCCUAUCAGGUCAUAAAUCGUACUGGCAUCAAUCUAAUUGUCUUCAUUGAUCCCAGCCAGCUUCAAUCAAUAUCUUGUGAGAAAUCUACAACAGAUGAGGUAAAAAUAGGUCAAACGACUGAGUCUGCUGCUAUUCGACCUUCUACCAGUUCUGAAUUGUUAUCCUCGAAGACUUCGUCACGUGGCAGACAGCGCCGUAACUCAGGGAAAUUGUCAUUUCCUGAAACAGCUACUCAAGCGAUGGCCCCAGCCUCGACAACUAGUAAACUUGCUACUGGUCGUCAUGCCAUACGACUGAUUGAUGGCGCCGAGCUGCUACUCUCAGACGCUAAGCCUAGCAAGGUUGAUAACCAAAAGAAUUAA